AUGUGCAUCAACGGGUCCCUGCUCCUUAAUGAAAGCACGGGAAACAGCAGGCCGGAGGGGGAAACUGUUACUGUCUUGAGCAUCUUGUGUGUGACUCUGUUGAGCUUUCUGAUCAUCGCCACCUUCGUGUGGAACCUGCUGGUGCUGCUGACUAUCCUGAGAGUGAAGACCUUUCACCGAGUGCCUCAUAACUUGGUGGCCUCCAUGGCAGUCUCUGAUGUGAUGGUGGCUACCCUGGUGAUGCCUCUGAGUCUGGUCAAUGAGCUGUUCGGGAGGCGCUGGAGGUUGGGCAGGGUCCUUUGUCACAUCUGGAUUUCCUUCGAUGUGCUCUGCUGCACGGCGAGUAUCUGGAAUGUGACCGCCAUCGCCCUGGACAGGUUCUGGUCUAUCACCAGGCACCUGGAGUACACGUUAAAGACCCGAAAGCGGAUCUCCAAUAUUAUGAUCGCCCUAACCUGGGCGCUUUCGGCUGUCAUCUCGUUCUCGCCCCUUCUUGGAUGGGGGGAAACUUACUCGGCUGACAAGGAAAACUGCCAAGUCAGUCAGGAGCCCUCCUAUACCAUCUUUUCAACCUGCGGCGCUUUCUACUUGCCGCUUUGUGUGGUUCUGUUCGUCUACUGGAAAAUCUACAAGGCUGCCAAGUUUAGGAUAGGGAGCCGCAAGAGGAAUGCUGUUGUUCCAUUGCCGGAAAUACUGCAGGUAAAGGAAGCCAGUCACCAGCCCCAGAUGGAGUGUGCGGUCCGACAUACUGCCCUGACCUUCCAGGCAGAUGGAGAAGCCUGGCGCCAACAGAAGGAAAAGAAGGCGGCGGUGAUGGUAGGGAUCUUGAUCGGGGUCUUCGUCCUGUGUUGGAUCCCGUUCUUCAUCACUGAGCUCAUCAGUCCUUUGUGCUCGUGCAACAUUCCCCCUGUCUGGAAGAGUAUCUUUGUCUGGCUCGGUUAUUCCAAUUCUUUCUUCAAUCCUCUCAUCUAUACAGCUUUCAACAAAAAUUACAACAACGCCUUCAGAUAUUUAUUUAUCAAACAGCGAUAA